AUGCCCUCGUCAAAUCAUUCUGGCGCCGGCCCGCAGCCACCGCCCUACCAAGGGCCGUACCGAGCGGCCGUCUGGAACUCUCCAGAACUUCGCGCAGAGAGCCCUGCUCCGCAACUUGGGGACUUCUUGGAUCUCGGUGGAUGGGGUUUGGAUCCGGCAUCACCGCCCGCUCUCUCCUCGGGCACGCAUCUUGCAGACUCUGCUGAAGACACUCGGCGGGCUAAACGUCGAAAGCUGGACUCGGACAGACUCAUCCCCGAUGUCAAAGCCGUCAAGUAUGGGAUCUAUGGGCAGGUCUACCCGGGACAGCUGAACAUGGAGAUCGUGAGCUGUGACGGCGGCAUAUACUCGGAAGGCACAUCCUAUGCGGCCGAGAACAUCCUCAAGAACGACAACUCGGUGUACUGUACCAAAGGCAACCGAUGUAACAUCGUGCUUCGCCACCAGGGAGCCACUUGUUUCAGCCUGAAAGAGCUCAUCAUCAAGGCCCCUGGCAAGAACUAUUCAUCACCGGUCAGGGAGGGCAUGGUGUUUGUAUCUAUGCACAAAGAUGAGCUUCUUACCAGGACUGCGCAGUAUCAGAUUCAGUAUGGGCAGCCGCGAGAUUCUUCCGGGCAGCCGCUUGAGCGGGAAUCACGGUCUCUGAUACCAGUCAUCUCCAUUCGCCACAACGAUGACGGAACCAUAAGGACCCGAUCUGAGGUCCGGCAACGGCGGCUUUACAACAUUGGAACGGACGACGAUGAAGAUUCUGCGAGGGCGCAGAUCCCGCCCGAAUUCACCGUAUCACCACCACACUUUCUGGUGACGACAGAAUGCAGCGAUGAGGACAACGACGAUCGGCCGCACAGCAGGUUUCGCCGGCGGACACCCAAUAGGAUUGGUGCUCUCCCCUUUGAGAGCGACAACAGCAGCGACGACUGGAGCAGUAACCAGGAUCACGACGACGACGACGGCGACGGCGACGACGACCACUAUAGACGAGGCUAUAGGACGAUGAUGCUGGAGCAGGCCGAAGAGGCGUCCCGGCUGGCGACGCAGGAAGCAGUUAGAGCAGUGGGAGGAGAGUUGUUGGCACCCCACGCCAAGUUCCACAUUGAGCAGGACAAGAACAAGUGCACAAUCCACUUCAACCCGCCAGUGUCGGGCCGCUUUAUCCUGCUCAAGAUGUGGAAUCCCCAUCACGACCCAAGGGGCAACAUCGACAUUCAAGGCGUUGUGGCCAACGGGUUUGCUGGCCCGCGCUUCUUUCCCGCGGUGACAUUCAGAUGA